ACCGUGCUUUUAGAUAAUAUCAGUACUUAGAAAAAAGUGUAAAAGUUAAAUAUAUAAACAUAUUGUUUAUAUUGUUUUUGUUAUCCAAACAACUAAAAUUAAAGCAAGUUUCGCAAGCAUUUAUUAAUUUCCGGUAGUAAAGGAAAAACUCGACGAAAUGGGCGGCGGAGAUUUGAAUUUGAAAAAGUCUUGGCAUCCGCAUACGAUGAAAAACCAAGAAAAAGUGUGGAAAGCGGAGCAAGCAAAAUCGGAGGAAGAUAAAAAGCUCAAAGAUCUACGUAGGGAGAUAGAUGAGGAAAAAACACGAGAGGAGCUUAAACAGAUAGGUCGCAAUUCUGGUAUACUUCCACAGGAGGACAAGAAGUUAGAAUGGAUGUACAAAAGUAGUAAUGAGCUUAUAAAUCGGGAAGAAUAUCUGCUUGGAAGGAAUAUCGACAAAUCAUUUGAGAUGUUGCAAGCUGAGGAGCAACGAAAAGAUCAAAAUAUGGUCGGUGUAAAACAAUCUAUUAAUCAUGUGGAACACGAAUGCAUACCAUUUUCCAUACGCUCUUAUCGCAAUAUGGAGAACACAGAACAAGUCGAUUUGCAGCGUAAAGUAAUGGAGGAUCCUUUAAUGUUAAUUAAACAACGCGAAAUGGAAUCAAGGAAAAAGCUUUUAGAGAACCCAGUAAAAUUAAAAGAACUUCACCGCAUUCUUAAAACUGACGAAUUACUAAAGAAGUCCAAAAAAGUAAAGAAAUCUAAGAAGUCUAAGAAAUCCAAGAAAAAACAUAAAAAACGUUCUAAAUAUUCCAGCGAUGACAACUCAUCAGAUGCUGCAUCGGGCAGUGAUACCGCAAAGGAUCUAGAUAAGGAAUUAGCUAAGAGAUAUAGAAAGCUAAACAAAGAAGAGGAUUUUUCUGGUUUGAAUUUGUCAAAAUUAUUGGACGCUAAAUUCGAAACUAUUACAAAAGAAUUGGAUAAAGCUGCCGGCAGUAAGCGCAAAAAAGAUCACCGACAUCGCUCAAAUAAUAGUGACAGUGAUCAUGACAACAAGAGAAGAUCCAGGGAUCUUGAUAGAAGAGUAGAGAAAAACUCGUAUGAGAGUAAAGGAAGACAAAAAACAUGUAGAAGCCCUCGUCAUAGAUCUCCCAAUAACUAUCAAAAGAGACAAAGUUCGAUUACACGAUCGCCCGAUGAGCCUCGCAAACGACAAUACUCUACCUCUCCUUCUGUCGAAAGGGAUGUUAGAAUUAUUUCCAAUUCCAAAAGGUCCCGUUCAAGUCGUUCAUUAAGUAAAGAUCGUAAGAACAUAAAUGAUCAUAGAGUGAGUAAAAUAGUACAAAAAUCGAGACGGCAAGAUUAUAAGGAGCGUGAAACGCAACUUAAAAGCAGAUCGCGUUCCAAGUCAUCUAUACUUGGUAAAAGUUGCCGUCGUUCUGAAAAUAGAUCUCCAGUACGCUCAAGCAGAAGGGAACGUUCAAGAUCUCAACGAAGAUCACGUUCCCCACAAAAAAAUUUACGUUCCUCCCGUAGAACUUCACGUUCUCCACCCAGAAAUUCACCUUCUCGCAGAAAAUCGCGUUCUCCCCGUAGAAAUUCACGUUCUCCCCGAAGAAGUUCACGUUCACCACGUAGAAAUUCACGUUCUCCCCGUCGGCAAGAAAGAUCAAAAGAUCCUAAAGAAAAUAAAUGGGCACAUUCGCGAUCUAAUGAAAGUAAAGGUGUAGUCACACAGAAAAAAUUAAGCAAUGAGGAAAAGGAAGCACGUCUUCGUGAAAUGAUGGAAAACGCUAGUUGGAGGGAGGAGGAUCGCGUGAAAGCAGUGCAAAAGCAUCGCGAAGCCAAUGCCCGUGAAGAGCAACAAUAUAAAAUUCAGGAUUUCGACAAGGAAUUCAUAAAUAAGGAAGUAAGAAAAGCGAUUGCUACGCAGUCCUCCAUUGGGUCUAGAAUUCGUUCAAAUUUGAAUAAUAUUCAACGCACAUCCGCUGCUAUGAAUUCAAAUUUUACAAAAAAAUAAAAAAAAAACUUCUCGUUUACAAAAAAA